AUGGAUAUACCAAAGCUUCGAGCUUCGGAGGGUGAGCCGUGGAUGCUCUGUUGUAGCAGCUCAGGGGUUCAGGCAACACUUAAGCAGUUUCUAGAAGUAACAGACCUACUACUGGAACGAGUUCAGCUCAACUCAACCCAUCUCUUUCGUGCCGAUAUCAUUCACGACAGUACUGGUCAGCUCGAGACUCUAGCUCAAAAAGAGGCAAAGUGUGACUUCAGUUCUUCCAGCCAAACGAGUGUGGGUGUGCAAGACCAUCACUGUCUCAGCCUUACACCACCACCACUUCAGGAUUAUCAGCAUCAAAGGACUGUGGUGCGACGACUUAUACCAAGGAAGCCUCAGCUUGACAACCCGCUCGAACAGUCAUGUUUUGUGUACAAAGGUGGUGGAGAUACUGAUGAAGCUUUGGUUGUUUACGUUCCACAUUGCAGCGAGACAGACAUGCCAUGGUAUCAUCCCAAGGUCAAGGCUCUGUGCUACCGUUUCAUUCAAGGAGACACCGAUCAAGCCACUCUUGAAGUCUACUGCCAGCCGUUGCCCAACACUGAUAGCCCCCUCCCAGACAGACUCCAAAGGACAUUUCAAUCCCUCCUUAGCACAAUGGUUCGUCUCCUAAAGCUGCCGUCAAAGUCAGACACUGCAAAGCAUGCUCAACAGCCUAAUGGCAAGCUCGACCCCGUCAACAUGCCACUUACAGCCUCGACACUCAAAGACACAAUCCUUCCACAGCACAUAGUACAAAACACCUACACCAGCCUCAAGGAGACAUACGCAUCUGACCUGAUCAGCCGCUGGGUUGAAAAGACCGAACCAUCAAAACACGUCUUCGAAGACCUCUCCAUCGCCGCUUUCCUGGUAGAACUAUGGACCACGACAUACGGCUCCAAAUCCUCAUUUCCUGGCUUCGUAGACCUAGCUUGCGGCAACGGAGUACUUACGUAUAUCCUCGUUAGCGAAGGCUGGCAAGGACGUGGUUUUGACGCCAGAAGACGUAAGACGUGGGAAGUAUUAGGGAUUGAUGGCACACACCUCGAGGAGAAGAUAUGCAUACCACGCCCGUUUCUCGAUUGUGCUCAUCCAGCUGAUUUGGAGGACAUGGAUGUGCUUGAUGGUAUAUUCUCAGCCGGCACUUUCAUCAUCUCAAACCACGCUGAUGAAUUGACGUGCUGGACACCUCUGCUUGCCGCAUUGUCCUCGCCGACUUCACCGUUGCCGUAUUUAGCCAUACCCUGUUGUUCGCACGCACUGGACGGUUCGAGACAUAGAUACACACUCAAGGAAGUCGCAGCAGGUCUGGGAACCAACCAUCAACGAAUUGACGAGAAAACUGACUCACAGAAUGAUGGAAAUCCAGCCACAGGUGACCUGAAAAAACUGCGCGCAGCCAAGACCAACACCGAUACCUCCACGUACGCCUGCUUAACGCGCAAAACAGCAGCACUAGCUCAAGAGCUCGGUCACGGUGUCGAUAUCACUCUCAUGCGCAUACCGAGCACACGAAAUAUCGGCAUAGUCGGAAAUUGUAAACGAAUAGCACGAAGUCGAUCGCAGGACAAGCCACGUGUUGGGAAUGGAGAACAAGAUGUCGUGGAUGAGUUGCAGAGUUUAAACCUGCAAGACAACAACGACACUGGCUCGAGCACUCCCAGAACGUCACAGGAGACGAUCAAUGCCAUUCUACAACGAGAGUGCUCUCUAACAGGCGGUCUUCAGACCUCUGCACGCAUUUGGAUCGAGAAGGCGAAGAGGUUGCAAGGCGGACAGGGGAGAGGCAAGGUCAAUUGGAAUGGAGCUCAGCCUCCUCAUGCAUAG